AUGUCUUUGAAUCAUUCAAAACGUUCAUUACAAUCAUCAUCAAAUUCUGAUACAUCACCUAUAAAAAAGAAAACUAAAAUUGCAUUAAAACGAAGCUUUACACAUUCAUCGUCAUCAUCAUCAAGUGAUGAUCUAGAUAUUCCAGUGUCUUCAACAACUCGUCGAAAUGUUUCUACUUCAAAACAGCAUACAUCAGUACCAUUAUCAAAACCUAUUGAAACAUCUCCAUCAACACCUACACCUACACCACCACCACCACCACAACCAUCAGGUCGUAUUCAAAUUCAACGUUCAUCAUCGUCAUCAUCAGCAUCAUCAGAUGCUUCAAAUGGUAGUGAUGAAAUUGUAACAAAACGUACUAGACAACGACGUAAAAAACCAACUGUUUCAACUGAACGUUCAAAUAUUUUAAAACAAAUGAAACGUAAAACACAAGAAAAGAAAAGUUCACUUACAACAACAACAACAACACCACCACCUACUACUACAACUAUUACUGAUAAUAAUAAUAAUACUAGUCAUAAUGAUAGUGGAAAUAGUGUAAAUGGUACAAAAAAAUGUUCAUUUCAAUUUAGUGAUGAUGAUGAUGAUGAUAAUAAUACUAAUAAUAAUGAUGAUCAAAAUCAUAAUACAAAAACAACUACUAAUAAUGAUAUUGAUGAUGGUGAAACAACUGAAAGUUAUGAAGUUGAAAAUGAUAAUGAAGAUAAUCAUAAUAAGAAAAAUAGUAAUAUUAAAAAUGAAUAUGAAUAUGAUGAAGAUGAAGAAGAAAAUAGUUCUCCAACAAAACGAAAACAAGGUCAUAAUGGUAGAAAAAAUAUUCGAAAAAUAAUUGAUGAUAAAGAAUUAGAUAUUCAAACUAAACAAGCUGUUGAAAUUGAAUUAGAACGUCGAAAACGUAUUGCAGAAAAACAAAAAGAAUAUAAUGAUAAUUUACUUGAAAAAUCAACAUAUAUAAUAAAUAAAGAAAAUGAACAAAUAAAUAAUUCAAAUCGUCGUUUAAUACUUGAAUUAGAUAAAAUAACAAAUGAACCAUUAAUUGAAGUUUCAUUAAAAUUAGUUCAACAAUUAAAACCACAUCAAUGUGAUGGAAUAAGAUUUUUAUGGAAUAAUGUAUUUGAAUCAAUUGAUGCAAUUGAAAAUAAAAAACAAGGAAAUGGUUGUAUAUUAGCACAUUGUAUGGGUUUAGGAAAAACUUUACAAGUUAUUAGUUUUAUUCAUACAAUUUUUAAUUAUGAUAAAAUAACCAAUGUUCGAACAUGUCUUGUUCUUUGUCCAAUUAAUGCUGGUAAUAUAUUAUUUAUAUAAAGCAUUCUAUCGGAUUAGAUAAUCUAUUUAGAAAUGAGAAAAAAACAAUAUAUCAUGUUGCCGAGGCAUGUCGAAUGAUAUAUAUUGUGCUCUUUGGUAUCAAUCGAAAUUAUUUGUAAAAGUUUUUUCUUGCAUACAGUUUUAUAAAACUUUUGACAAGCUACAAGUUCAUUAAGUGCAUGAUAUUCAAAAUAGUCUUACAUUGAGAAAUUUCAAUCGACUUUCAAAUCAAUCUUUCUCUUUCAGUAUUGUAUUUCGACUAUCAACAGUCGAUUCUUGUGUGAAAUAAACAUGUUAUUCGGAAUCAGCAUAACAAACUGCAUUGAAUAACUUAUAUUUUAACUAAAUAUUUUUUCCAUCAAAAUUCGAACUGUACUUUCCUUCACCCAUUGUUUUUUUAAUUUCACCCUGUAGUUCCCCGGGGAUCAAAUUUCGACGG